CGCAAAUGUUUUGUUUACAAGUUUUUUAUAUCAUAUUUAAAUAAUGUUUUUUGUAAAGUUAUUAAAGUUAAAUAGGGUUGCUCUUUUGAGUAAAAAAGUGUUGAAUUUAAGUGUACAAACCAGAAAAUUUACUGAUGUUCCGUUUGAAGACAUACCAGAAGUAUCUUCCACCUUGAUAAAAAGGGUCCUCAAUAGCAAAAAAAUAAGUUUCGAUGAGGGUUUUACGUGCUUUAUAAUUGCGUGUCCUUUUUGUACUAAACGAGCAAAAAGUAAUAUACACAAGUUAUACAUUAAUAAGGCCACAGGAAUGUUUAUGUGUUCAUUAUGUAAGUUUACUGGACAGUGGAAUUUCCUAGAUCAUUAUUUUAAUUCAAAAAAGGAGAAAACUAAAAAAGGUCCAGAAACUUGCAACGUGUUGGAUCAUCAAGAGAAACUACUAGAAUCUUUAAAACAAGUCAGGGAAUCAAGUGAUUUAUUGAUAAAUAGUGAUAAGUUUGAAAAAAUUCUCAAUAAGUUUAAGCUUCCAAUAAUUUCAAGUGAAUCUAUUAAAAACCUAGAUGUAAGGAUAGAUAAGCCACUACAGAAUCUCUUCUUUCCUUUGGAAAAUGUUGAAUCUGAAACAGUAGGAUACAGGAAAAUAAGUCAUCAAAAUGGGGAAGAUGUGAUAAUUCCUCAUAUAAUGUACGGAGGUUUAAUCGUGGGAAAAGCGUUAAAAAAUAGAGAAACUGCCAUUUUAGUGCCCAAUAUACCUGAUUUUUUAAUACUUUUAAAUUCCAAAGUAACUUUAAACGUUGUAUGUUUACCAAAUGGCGUAAACAGUUUAUCUCAGUAUGUUUUACCAACUUUGGAAAGAUUUCAAAAAUUAAUUCUAUGGUUUGGUAAUGAUUUAAAAUCAUGGGAUUCAGCAAGACAUUUUGCAAAAAAAUUGGGCGAAAGGAGGUGCUUUUUUGUUAGGCCCAAUGAAAAACAACUUUUGCCACAUGUUGUUGAAGGCCAAGACUUUAAAUCUAUUCUUAAUUCAGCCCAGCCAAUAUGGCACAAGUCUAUAACAAAUUUUUCAAAUUUGAGAAAAGAUGUUUUCUCCGAUUUGCAAAACAUUGACAAGGUCGAGGGAGUAAAGUGGAAACGGUUUCCCACUUUGAAUAAAAUAUUACGAGGGCACCGAAGGGGCGAACUAACUGUGAUAACUGGACCUACAGGUUGCGGUAAAACGACUUUUAUAAGUGAAUAUUCCCUAGAUCUGGCAAUGCAAGGUGUGAAUACGUUGUGGGGCAGUUUUGAGAUACGAAACGUUCGUUUAGCAAGGACGAUGUUGCAGCAAUACGCUGGAUUUCCUCUUGAUCAAGAUUUGUCCCGUUUUGAUAGUUUGGCUGAUAAAUUUGAACUUUUGCCUAUCUAUUUUAUGACGUUUCAUGGCCAACAAACGAUUAAAGUCGUAAUGGAUGCUGUGGAACACGCUACUUAUGUUCAUGAUAUCGCCCAUGUUAUCAUUGAUAAUGUCCAGUUUAUGAUGGGAAUUACUGAAGAUUCUAGACAUAUGGAUCGGUUUUGGGUACAAGAUGUGAUAAUUGCGGCUUUUCGCACCUUUGCUACAAGAAAAAAUUGCCACGUUACGCUAGUAAUCCAUCCCAGGAAAGAAAGGGAUGAAGAAAAUCUCACCACAAGUUCUAUUUUUGGAGGAGCCAAAGCGUCACAAGAGGCUGACAAUGUAUUUAUUAUUCAAGAUAAAAGACUGACAUCUACUAGAGGAAAAAAAUAUUUACAAAUUUGUAAAAAUAGAUACAGUGGUGAUUUAGGUGUUAUGCCUUUAGAUUUUGAUAAGGCAGGUCUAAGCUACGCUUCAAAGAAAAAGAAAGAAGUCAAGAGUACUGACAAUACUGAAAUAACUACAAAUUGAUUUUUGUAAUAAAUUAUCUACAAAUGU